AGAAGUAAAUUGGAAUUAUUCGCCAGGAAGGGAUGGGCAUCCAGAAUAUAAAGGGCUCAAGACAAAAAUCAGUAUGCGGAUCAAAAAGAUCCGCUGUGGCAAUUAUAACGAUCGGUAGGGGAGUGGUUGCCACCCGGAGGGUUGAACGCGAGGGACAGGGGUUUCUCUCUUCUUCCUGUUUGUGGUUGCGAGACGGCGUUCAGGUGUCACGUAGCAAAGAGUGCAAGUUAAUGUUUCUGAAGAGAAUAAAGUUUUUCUCCCAAAUUCGACACUUUGCCUCAGACUCCAGUUUCUUCGGAGCUUCAAUGUGAAAUAUUGACAAUGGAAAUCCAAUAUUGAACAUCAACACCAGUAUAGGAAUUAUUGGUAUAGGUUGAUCGGUAUUGUAAUACUCUGGUAUCGCCUUCCCGAUUACGUCACAGGGCAAACAAACAUGGCGUCUGGACAGCAGUGGGUGUUGGUUGAAAUGGUGCAAGCCUUGUACGAGGCCCCGUCAUAUCACCUCAUUUUGGAAGGAAUCCUCAUUUUAUGGAUCAUCAGACUUCUCUUCUCUAAAACCUACAGACUACACGAGACAAAUAAACUCACGGAGAAGGAAAAGGAGGAUCUUAUUGAGGAAUGGCAGCCAGAACCUCUCGCUCCAACCCUUUCCGGAGAUUCUACGUCCAUGCCCUAUGAUGUCAUCACAGGACCUCCCAGCCACAAAAUGAUAAUCAAUGGAAAAGAGUGCAUUAACUUUGCAUCGUUUAACUUCCUGGGUCUCCUGGAUAAUGAACGAGUAAAGCAAAAGGCUCUGUCGUCACUGAAGAAAUACGGUGUUGGAACAUGUGGUCCGCGGGGCUUCUAUGGAACUUUUGAUGUUCACCUGGAGCUGGAGAGCAGGCUGGCUGCUUUCAUGAAAACCGAAGAAGCCAUCAUCUACUCUUAUGGCUUUGCCACCAUUGCGAGUGCAAUCCCCGCUUACUCGAAGAGGGGAGACAUCAUCUUUGUGGACGAGUCGGCGUGUUUUUCCAUCCAAAAAGGCCUUCAAGCAUCCCGAAGCUUCAUCAAGUACUUCAAGCACAAUGACAUGGAGGACUUGGAGAAGCUUCUCAAGGAACAAGAGUUGGAAGAUCAGAAGAACCCUCGUAAAGCUCGAGUGACUCGCAAGUUCAUCGUAGUAGAAGGACUGUACAUCAACACUGCUGACAUUUGUCCUCUUCCUGAAUUGGUGAAACUUAAGUACAAGUACAAGGUGCGGAUUUUCCUGGAGGAGAGCAUGUCUUUUGGCGUCUUGGGAGAGCAUGGCCGUGGAGUCACAGAGCACUUUGGAGUGAAUAUAGAAGACAUUGACCUGAUCAGUGCCAACAUGGAGAACGCUGUGGCUUCCAUUGGAGGCUUCUGCUGCGGACGGUCUUUUGUGAUAGACCACCAGCGUCUGUCAGGCCAAGGCUAUUGUUUCUCUGCGUCGCUGCCUCCCAUGCUAGCUGCCGCAGCCAUAGAGGCCCUUAACAUCAUGCAAGAGAAUCCUGACAUUUUUGUUGUUUUGAGGGACAAAUGCAAACGUGUUUACAAAGCAUUAAACGGAAUUCCGGGGCUGAAGUUAAUGGGAGUGCAGUUUGCUCCAGCUCUUCACUUGCAGCUGGAGAGGAGUUCCGGUUCUCGAGAAUCGGACAUGCAGCUUCUGCGCUCCAUUGUCGACUACUGUAUGGAAAGGCAAGUGGCGGUGACCCUCGCUCGCUACCUUGAAAAAGAAGAGCGAUAUCUUCCUCCACCCAGCAUCCGUGUGGUGGUGACCGUUGAGCACACAGAGGAGGACAUCCACAAGGCCGUGUCGUGCAUCCAGGAGGCAGCUGUGGCGCUUCUUCAAUGAACGCAUGAAUGUGUCGUUCUUUGGAGGUGCGGAACGUGUGGAAGCGCCAUCGUGAGCACUGCCCGUUCCCAUUUCAUUCUUAUUUUUUCUUACAUUUAAGUGUCCUUAAAUGUUACACACACCAAACUGUUGACUGUCAGUAAUAAAAUCCAACAUUCCUUAA